UGUACGUGUACGUUGCGUGAGUGGUGUGAGAGCAGUGCUCGGUCCGAGUGUACGUGUGCCGCGUUAUCCUCUGGGUAACAGCUGCGUCAGCGAGCUCAGGAGAAUCCUGGACGCUGAUCGCGUUCCGUUCAGGUGCUCGGUCACCAGACUUGGAGUUGCGGGCCAAGACGAGACUACCCUCUCGUUCCCAUCCGCUCUCGCCUCGCGGCGAGGCGGUGAAACGUGCGACGAGGGGGAUCAUCUGGGAUUUCACCCGGGUGUGAGUGUGUUUACGGAGGAGUGCGACAUCCCGGAAACCACGGAGGCUCCAUGUGCAUCCACGAGGAGGAGGAAGAGAAGGUAGCUGUGAUCAGUCGAUCGUUCCUGUAGAGGCGGACGUGGUGAUGCGGUAGAGUGUGACGAGAGAAGUAAUGUGACGGUGCCGUGGUGCGCGCUCAGCUGAAGACGACGUCGACGACGACCGUUAAACCGGCGCCAUGUCGCAACAGGCCCCGACGAACGAGGAUUCUUACCUGAGGUGUGGCAGGCCGUCGAACUUGCUGAAGACGAACUUUAGCAGCGCCCGCCUCGAGAAGCUGUAUCGCGCGUCGUCGUUGCAACAGCGUCGCGGCGGCCUCACGUGUUUCCUGAUGUCGGCGAUCCUGUACGGCCUCUACACGGUUUCGACGCCGGGGAUGGUGCUAUCGGCGCGUUGCGUCAGUGCCGUGUUCCUCAGCCUUAACUUCUUCUUGCUGGUUUGGGCUGAGAGCGGCACCAAGACGCGUAACUCGCUCUGGUCGGUGGUGCCGUGCGUGGUCGGAGAGCUAUGGAUCGUGCACUUGUCCGCUCAGCUGUUCCUCAAGUCCGACAAGGUCACGCCGAUGGACAGCUUGGCGUGGAUGUUGCUGCUUCUCUACCUACUGUUUGCCACUUUACCGCUCAAGCUAAUACGUUGCGUUAACCUAGCAACAAGCAGCAUUCUCUUGUACCUUAUCGCCAUAAUCGGUCUCUCCAGCAAUACACUGGAGGAUCUUACAUCACAGCCUGUCGACAUUCUGGUAUGUAACAGGCGCCUGAUGAUCGAAGAACAGAGCGCGGAGCAGGAGCGACUGUUGCUGAGCGUUCUGCCGGAACACGUCGCGGUCAAGAUGCGGCAGGACCUCGGCGCGUCUCUCGACACGCAGUUCAAGAAAAUCUACAUGUCUAGGCACGAAAACGUGUCGAUACUUUAUGCUGACAUAGUCGGCUUCACCGCGAUCUCGUCGACCUACAGCGCCAGCGAGCUGGUCAAGAUACUCAACGAGCUCUUCGCGCGAUUCGAUCAGCUCAGUGAACGAUACGAGCAAAUGCGCAUCAAGAUCUUAGGGGAUUGUUAUUACUGCAUAAGUGGCGCACCUGUCGAAAGGCCAGACCAUGCGGUCCUCUGCGUGUAUAUGGGGCUGUCCAUGGUGGAGGCGAUUAAAUAUGUUCAACAAACGACGAACAGCCCCGUCGACAUGAGGGUGGGCAUUCACACGGGUGCGGUACUCGCCGGGGUUCUCGGACAGAGACAGUGGCAGUUCGACGUCUACAGCAAGGAUGUCGAGCUGGCGAACAAGAUGGAGAGCAGCGGUAGGGCGGGGAGGGUACACAUCUCGAAUUCGACGCUGAGUUUCCUAAAUGGGGAAUUCGAGGUAGAGCCGGCGUACGGGGAAGAUCGGGAAGAGGCACUCCAAAAAGCUGGCCUCGUCACUUACUUCAUCGUAAGAGCCUUGAAGCCAUUUAAGCCAGCGGUGACGAAAAGCCUCGCGUCACUGGCGGACGCGGAAAACUCGCAAAGAAUAAUAGAGAAUGUGCAAGACAAAGUGGACAAUAUUCGAGAGGAUUCCGAGGAAUUUCAACAACGUCUGAGGAAGAAACUUGACAGCAGAGGUGGUGGAACUGACCUGAAAGGUCACGCCUCUUGGUUGACACUACGGUUCAAAGAUCCGAACGUGGAGACGGCGUUUCACAGCGUCGAGGAGGCCUUCUCGCCCCUGUCGCUUCUUGGCGGGCCCCUGGUCACGAUGUGCGCAGCCCCGGUCUGGAAGAUGCAACCCUGGGGACCGUUCACGUGGGGUGGCGCCGGGGUCGUAACUCUUUUCGGCAUCGUGCUGGCCGGAGCUACUUGCCUGGGCAGCGCGGUUAGGGCGGCGUGGUUCAGGAGUACCCUCGCGCUUCUGAUGAUAUUCUCCCUCAUAAUCUUUCUGCUGUUAGAUAUGGCUAACUGCGCGAUUAUCGACGACAUCGAGCCACUGAAAAACACUACACUAAAGUGGAGUCUGCGAUGUCCGUACCCUUCUUAUUACUCAUACGUCGGCGUCCUUGCGCUGGUCGCUAUCUCGAUGCCGACAUAUCUCUGUUACCUGUCCAAGGCGUGCCUGAUGUACAUUCUUGCCGGCGCGCAGUCCUGCAUCAAUGUCUUGUUUCUCUCAUCGAGCCUCGACAGGGAGGAAAUGGCGUGUUAUCAGAACACCGACUUUCCACUGAAAUAUUCGCUAACGGCCACUUUGUUCACUAUCGCGACCGCGUUAGUCAUCGUGGCGAGAUACGCCGAGAAGGCGCGAAGGAUGCUGUAUCUGCGAGGACGAGAAGUAAUCGCGCAAAGGGAACGGGCAGCGGACAUGAAACGAAGAAAUGGAGCACUAAUAUACAACAUCUUGCCACCUCACGUAGCUGUGUAUUUCCUAUCACAUGCGAGGCAUCACGACGAUCUUUACAGCCAGAGCUACGCCGAAGUAGGUGUACUAUUUGCCAGUAUGCCAAACUUCGCGGACUUCUACAGCGAGGAGAGCAUCAACAAUCAAGGCCUCGAGUGCCUCAGGUUCCUUAAUGAGGUCAUCUCCGACUUUGACGCCAUCCUCGAUCAGAAGAAAUUCCAUAGUAUCAUCAAAAUCAAGACGAUAGGAUCGACCUACAUGGCCGCUUCGGGAAUAUCCGAAGUGCAAUCGGUGCAGUCGGAGGAUGCUCCCCGAUGGGGCCACCUCGUCACUCUUGUGGAGUUCGCUCUGGAGCUUAAGAAAGCCCUGUCAAGCAUCAACGAGCAGAGUUUUAAUCACUUUGUUUUGAAAAUGGGCAUUAAUCAAGGACCGGUAACUGCUGGCGUCAUCGGGGCGCGGAAACCUCACUACGAUAUUUGGGGCAACACCGUCAAUGUCGCGUCAAGGAUGGAGAGUACGGGGAAAGUCGGCUGCUUUCAGGUCACCGACGAAACACGAAAGAUACUGGAGCCGUUCGGUUUCGGCUUUGAGCAACGAGGUCUCGUCUUCGUUAAGGGCAAGGGUCAGCUCUUAACGCACUAUCUUGUCUCCAAGGAUGGCGUCUUUCUCGAUCUUGACAGCGAUCUCCCUGUUGAACCUACCCACCCGAUAAUCUAUCAAUAAUGUACUUCAAAGGCUCUAACUCGAACGAGAAACAAUCUUUCACCGGGGUUAUAAAUCCGAUUGUUCGAAAAGAACACGUUACGAUUUAUCUCGGUAGGUAUCGGGCUGGACGUUCAGAGGAAACUGAACGUCCAACUUGAUAGCUUCCGGGAGCUGAUGAAUUACGAAUCGUAAAUUAGACGACGUCUUUGUACACCGAACGGAUUUUUUCUCAAGAACGUUCGGCAAGCUAAAUGUGUAUUGUUGUAGAGAAUUCUCUAAAUGUUAGCCUCCGUGUCUCAAAAGAGAGAAAUGGCACGCGGAAGGAAGGACAAGAAGGGAUUGGAGAGGGGCGGAAUCGUUCGCGAUUAUCCGCAAGUAUCAUCACACGUCGCCAUAUCAUCAUCCAUCAUCCGUCAUUGAUUAUCGCGAUGGGGGAAGUUUGCACACAGCUGCCGCCGACUUCAUUGUCACACGUUCGCACGCGCACACGCACGCACGCACGCACGUACGCACGUAUGCACACACAGGGGCGUGCGCACGUGUUUUACGAACGGCGAGGGUGCGUUGAACUCGUACAGGGUAUAUUCGAAAUAAAAAAAACAAGUAAUAGAUUUAGAAAACACGCAGGUUUGAAAACGCAAGUGAAAUGAUAUUUUGAUGUCGCCGUGUAAAUAGCAAUAGAUCUGUAUAGGGAGGAAAACACAGAUGUAAUAUCGUAAACAGAAGUGUAAUAUAGUAACACACACACACACACACACACAGAUGGAACGCUGCAGCCGUUUCGAGAGAAUCUGAAUAAUGUAGUGGUAAUUCACUUCGUGUGUGGUAUUAAUAGCGAAUUUGGUCACUUGCAUUACAUUAGAUUCGUGUAUACUAAAAGCUGCUGUAUACAAAUAUUUUGUAUUUAUGUUAUAUAAGAAACGUUUUGUAAUUAUA